GCCACAGAGCACAGACAUCAUGAUUUAUUUUGAUUUAUUUGCGGGGAGCCACAUACAACAUCUGACCAAGACGACACGGAAGACAGCAACGUCGAUGACGAACGCCGCUUUAUAAACUGGCAGGCACGAGCAACACGAGCCAGUGCAGAGACCAGAACGAACACUGAUAAGCAGCAGGCACAGCUCGUAGCUCCUCCUUCCUCCUCCAUCUCCAUGGAAGCCACCAACUGCUCCAUUGCUCUGGAAACCGCAGACCAUGCCGCCGCACACGGCACAAGCGCGCCCGCUCUGCUCCUCUUGUCUUCGGUGGCCGUGAUCGGCGCGUUUCUGGUCUACUUCUACGCGCCAUUCUGGGCCCUCAGGAGGGUCCCGGGGCCUCCCGCCAGGUUUCCCCUCGGCCAUCUCCAUCUUCUCGCCAACCAUGGACCAGACGUCUUCCGCGCCAUCGCCAAGGAGCACGGCCCCAUCUUCCGGUUUCACAUGGGGAGGCAGCCGCUGGUGAUCGUGGCGAAUGCGGAGCUGUGCAAGGAGGUGGGCAUCAAGAAGUUCAAGGACAUCCGCAACCGGAGCACCCCGCCGCCGACGGUGGGGUCGCUGCACCAGGACGCGCUCUUCCUCACCAGGGACUCCACCUGGUCCUCCAUGAGGAAUACGGUGGUCCCGCUCUACCAGCCGGCCCGGCUCGCCGGCCUCGUCCCGACGAUGCAGCCCUACGUCGACGCGCUGGUGGACAGCGUCGCUGCCUGCCCGGACCAGGACUGCGUCCCCUUCUGCCAGCUCUCGCUGCGCAUGGCCAUCGACAUCAUCGGCAGGACGGCCUUCGGCAUCGACUUCGGCCUCUGCAAGAAGGUCGCCGCGGCGGACGGCGGCGAGGACGUGAGGGGGUUCCUGGAGGAGUACAAGAGGUCCAUGGAGUUCAUCAAGAUGGACCUGUCCAGCUCUCUGUCCACCAUCCUCGGCCUCUUUCUCCCGUGCGUGCAGACGCCGUGCAAGCGCCUCCUGCGGCGGGUGCCCGGCACGGCGGACUACAAGAUGGAGGAGAACGAGCGCCUGCUGUGCCGCCGCAUCGACGCCAUCAUCGCCGGCCGGCGCAGGGACCGCGAGAACAGCGCCUCCCCGCCGGGCGCCGCGCUGGACUUCAUCGCGGCGCUGCUGGACGCGAGGGAGGGCGGCGCCAGGGACCUGGCGCUGGAGGACAGGCACGUGCGCGCGCUGGCGUACGAGCACCUGAUCGCCGGGACCAAGACGACGGCGUUCACGGUGUCGUCGGUAGUGUACCUGGUGUCGUGCCACCCGCGCGUGGAGGGGAAGCUGCUGGCGGAGGUGGACGCGUUCGGCGGCGCGGCCCCCGACGCCGACGACCUCCAGGGCAGGUUCCCGUACCUGGACCUGGUGAUCAAGGAGGCCAUGAGGUUCCACCUGGUGUCGCCGCUGAUCGCCAGGGAGACCUCCGAGGAGGUGGAGAUCGCCGGGUACCGCCUCCCGAGGGGCACGUACGUGUGGCUGGCGCCGGGGGUGCUGGCCCGCGACGCGCGGCAGUUCCCGGAGCCGGAGGAGUUCCGGCCGGAGCGGUUCGCGGCGGAGGGGGAGGAGGAGCGGGCGCGGCACCCUUACGCGCACAUCCCCUUCGGCAUCGGGCCGAGGGCGUGCGUGGGGCACAGGUUCGCGCUGCAGCAGGUGAAGCUCGCCGUGGUGCACCUGUACCGACGGUACGUCUUCCGCCACUCGCCGGCCAUGGAGUCGCCCAUCCAGUUCGACUUCGACCUCGUCCUCGGCUUCCGCCACGGCGUCAAGCUCAGAGCCAUCAGGAGGACGACGAGGGACUCAUCGCCAGGCCCUUCCACGUGAAUCAUUAUCCCCAACCACAAGCAUGAGCAUGAUACGACGGCUUAGGUGGCGAGGUGUGUGUGUCAGUCUGUGAGUGAGCUGAGUUUACAUCAUGUAUAGCUAAGGUGGCCAGAGGUGUAUGUCGGCGUGAUUAAGCUGCUAAUAUUCUGAUUAACUACUACUACGUAGUUAUGAGUUGUUUAAGAAACGGUAAUCAGAAAUGUGCGGCUAGCUCGUUUGUGGUCAA